UGUUUCAAGAGAAACUGACGUAUUGUUAAGUUGCGCUGCUGUGUGUUUGUGUCUUUUUAUAUUUAUGCAGUAAAAUGGCAGAAGCUAGAAUUUCUCAAAAUGAGUUCAUGUGUCCAGUGUGUUUGGAUCUCCUGAAGGAUCCAGUGACCAUCCACUGUGGACACAGUUACUGUAAGAGCUGUAUUACAGACUGCUGGGAUCAGGAGGAUGAGAAGAGAGUCUACAGCUGCCCUCAGUGCAGACAGACCUUCAGCCCAAGACCUGCUUUAGGUAAAAACACCAUGCUGGCUGAAGUGGUGGAGAAACUGAGGAAGACUAAACUUUCUCCUGACUGUUAUGCUGGAGCUGGAGAUGUUCAGUGUGACGUCUGUACUGGAAGAAAAUACAAAGCUGUCAAGUCCUGUCUAGUGUGUCAGGAAUCUUACUGUCAAACUCACUUUGACCGUCAUGAGGAGUUUCACUCUCGUAAACCACACAAAUUGAUUGAUGCCACUAGACGACUGCAGGACAUGAUCUGCCGUAAACAUGAUAAACAGCUGGAAAUGUACUGUGUCACUGAACAACAAUGCAUUUGUGUGCUGUGUAAGGAGUAUGAACAUAAAAACCACAAAAUUGUAUCAACUGCAUCUCAGAGGACAGAGAAACAGAAACAGUUAAAAGAGAUGCAGAUGAAGUUCGAGCAGAGAAUCCAGCAGAGACAGAAAGACCUUCAGCAGCUGAGAGAUUCUGUGGCGUCUCAUAAGCGCUCUGCACAGACAGCAGUGGAGGACAGUGAGAGGAUCUUUACUGAGCUCAUCUGUUCCAUUGAGAGAAGCCGCUCUGAGAUCACACAGAUGAUCAGAGAUCAGGAAAAGACUGUAGUGAAUCAAGCUGAAGAACUCAUUAAGAAACUAAAGCAGGAGAUUUAUGAUAUGAGGAGGAGAAACACUGAGCUGGAGCAGCUUUCACACACACAUGAUCACAUCCAUUUCCUGCAGAGUUUUCGGUCUCUUUCAGCAGCUCCUGGAUCUACAGACGUUUCCAACGUUCCCUUCAGUUCUCGCUUCUCUUUUGAUAAAAUAAAAGAAUCUGUCGAUCAGCUCAGAGUCAAACUGGAGGAUUUCUGCAAAGAGGAGAUCAAGACGAUUUGUAACAGAGUCACAUGUAUCAACAUUGUUCCCAAGACCAGGAAUGAAUUUCUACAAUAUUCCCAUCAGUUCACUCUGGAUCCAAACACAGUGAAUAAACACCUCCAGCUGUCUGAGAAGAACAGAGAGAUUACUAACACUGGCACAGAUCAUCUGUAUCCUGAUCAUCCAGACAGAUUUGAUUUGUAUGCUUAUCAGGUGUUGUGUAGAGAGAGUGUUAGUGGAUGCUGUUACUGGGAGGUUGAGUGGAGUGGGAUUGUGUAUAUAUCAGUGUCAUAUAAGAGCAUCAGCAGGAAGGGAUCAGGUAAUGAGUGUUUUUUUGGACAUAAUAAUCAGUCCUGGAGUUUGUGUUGCUCUCCCUCCAAAAACUCAUUCCGGCACAAUAACAAACGGACUGAUCUCCCUGUAGAAUCCAUCAGCCAUAGUAUAGGAGUGUAUGUGGAUCACAGUGCAGGAACUCUGUCCUUCUACAGCGUCUCUGACACAGUGAGCCUCAUCCACACAGUACAGACCACAUUUACUCAGCCGCUCUAUCCUGGGUUUUGGGUUCAGACUGGAUCAUCAGUGAAACUGUUGAUGAAUUAGAAUAGAUCCCAGAGAGAGUCAACCAAAGUUCUUUGAGCUACAUGAUGAAUCAAUUACAGUGAGAUUUUACAGAGUUUCAGAUGGUAGAAUAAAUGUGUGUAAUAAAUCAUAACACAUACAGUAAGAUCAGUGUGUGCGAGAGUCAUGGUGAGUGAAAAUGUAUAUGUGAUACAAAUCACAUUCAUUUGGUUUUUAUUAGUGAAAUUAUUUCUAUUAUUACAAUCAUAUCAAUUGAACUGCUCACACACAGGAUUCAUUAAAAAGAUUUAUCCCAUUUACCUGUUGAAUGCUUCAGACUGACUGGCAGAUAUUUUAAGGUGUUGAUUGUUUGUUAUUAGUAGAAAUGGCACAUUAAAAUUUCCCAGAAAGUUCUGUUUAAUACAAACUCAGCAACAGAAGAAACAUCCUCUCACUUUGAACUUUUUAUUAUUUACAACAAAUUUCGAAAACACAUAUUCAUUGAACAAGUUCACUGAACAAGCAUGAAAAAAUUGUCAAAUAAAGAUCUUGUGAAGGGUUUUUUUUUUUUUUAAUGGAAAGCAUGGCCUUUUUCCGUAGCAUCCUCGGUUGAUCUGAUGUCACUGUGACCUCAUUUCCUGCACUCUGUGUUUCUCUGCUUAUCAGACUUGUUUAUUAAUUAUGUGCCUGCAGAUCUGCUGAAGGUCCACAUUGCGGUUUAGUCAUUCGGUUUAAUAUAAAUAACUUCUUUUGAUAAACCAGGUGUCCCUCACCAAGGUGAGCAACAUUAGUUAUUAUUGAAUUAAUAUAUAAGAAAUGUCAAAUGCUGGUAAACAUGAUCAUGAGGUUUAUGUGUGAGUUCAUGAAGUUUGAGUAAUGCAGAAAUGAAAGCAAAAAACAAAUCAAAUACUAAGCCAUUCUGACAUAUUAAUUUUCAGUUAAACUUUUCAGUUAAAUUGUUAUGCUGAUAAUGAAUUGUGUAAUGAAAAAUACAAAAUAAACAGUGAGAACUCAAGAGUGAGGAGAUGGGGUGGUGGAGGGAUGUUAAUAAACCAUAAAAUAGAUAGAGGUAAGUCAGCUGUAUUGACUUGAGUGAGCUCCUCUUGUGAUGAUUAGGCUUCUAUCUGACGCGCUCCUCCCAAACCUUGUUAAUAAAACAUCAUUCUGUGUGAACGAA